AUGGAGAAUGAAAUGGAGGAAGGAUUCGUGGAAGAAAAUGGAAUGUUUGUUAUGCAGUCCUCAAAAAGAAUCCGUGACAACUGGAUGGACCAACUCGAUCAACAAACCUUCAACCCGAGGCCACCAAAACAUGACGACAGGGAGGCGAGUGAGCGGUGGGGAAGAAAGCGGAAAUGUGGAAAGGACGAGGGAAAGGGUGACUCGGGGGGAUUGGAGAGACUGAUUGGAUUGGCGGACAGUUUGGUGAGUGAUGGAGAGAUGAAUAUAUAUCAAUUCACGUGCGAACAGAUCGAGGAUGUCUUUAAUGGAUCGUCUGCUGUCAUUCCAAAGGUCACUGUUGAUAUGUUUGCUGAUUAUGAUGUUUUAUAA